GAACGCGCUGACCGAGCGGUUUUAGCCUCGUCCAGUUACAUAAACAGUUUAUGAUCACAAAACAUCAGUAUCUCAGCAGUUUCGGUUUUAUCCGCCCUCGUCUGUGUUAAAUGUCAUUGACCUGGAGAACGUGGUCGUCUGAAACGCAGCGACGGAAACGUCUCCGUCGCUUUAACGCUCUGUUGUGUGAUUCAGGUAUGCUCAGGUGGACCCUUCAUAAGAAAGUCCAGAAGAACCCGGUCAACAGCCUGUCCCUGGUGUGGCUGCUCAUCAAGGAACUGGAGAAAGCGGAAAGAUGGAACAGUCGCAAAAAUAUCCUCCCUCUUCUGCACACGCUCAUGUACGCGCUGAUCCAGACGAUCCACAUUCCGGAUGAACUCUAUAAACGUGUGUACGACUUCUGCAAAAGACUCCUGACCUACCCACAGCCCUACUGCACCGUGGGCCUCAGCUGCACCAAGCAGAUCAAGAAGGAGCGGGCCAUUCCAGGUCUCACUUUUCAGAGGAUGGUCGUCGCCGAACAGAGAUUAAAAAACGAUCUGUACCGUUUCCAGGAGAGAGUUUUUGUCCUGGCCGAUCCUGCCGUUUUCUCCUCUUCCUUGUGCCGAGUGGUGCGUGACGACAUCGAGGCGUCGGCGGCGACCUCCAGGGGGCGUGUCUCUCCUUUUGACCACAUGUGCAGCGUGGUCCAACACGCCAUCCAGGCCAACGUGGGUCUGGAGCAGAGCGACGGCUCCAGACUGGCCCGAGCGCUCAAGGACGCGGGUCGUGACGUGGAGCACUAUUUUCAGGAAGUGCUGUCGGCGUUUGAACAGCGCGCGGACCAGAGCGACGCCCUGAGCGGCCGCCUGCUCCAGCUCUACCAUCAGAUCGUGGCUGACACAGAGCCGUCGUCCAGCGGAGCCCCGAGCGACUGCCCCCUGCCCAACCCGGACAUGAGCUUCUACCUGUGGACGGAGGAGCUGGACAUCUGUAUGCUCAGGUGGACCCUUCAUAAGAAAGUCCAGAAGAACCCGGUCAACAGCCUGUCCCUGGUGUGGCUGCUCAUCAAGGAACUGGAGAAAGCGGAAAGAUGGAACAGUCGCAAAAACAUCCUCCCUCUUCUGCACACGCUCAUGUACGCGCUGAUCCAGACGAUCCACAUUCCGGAUGAACUCUAUAAACGUGUGUACGACUUCUGCAAAAGACUCCUGACCUACCCACAGCCCUACUGCACCGUGGGCCUCAGCUGCACCAAGCAGAUCAAGAAGGAGCGGGCCAUUCCAGGUCUCACUUUUCAGAGGAUGGUCGUCGCCGAACAGAGAUUAAAAAACGAUCUGUACCGUUUCCAGGAGAGAGUUUUUGUCCUGGCCGAUCCUGCCGUUUUCUCCUCUUCCUUGUGCCGAGUGGUGCGUGACGACAUCGAGGCGUCGGCGGCGACCUCCAGGGGGCGUGUCUCUCCUUUUGACCACAUGUGCAGCGUGGUCCAACACGCCAUCCAGGCCAACGUGGGUCUGGAGCAGAGCGACGGCUCCAGACUGGCCCGAGCGCUCAAGAUCCACUCAGCAGGUGGUCGUCGCGUGUUUAAAGCUGCACUCUGCAACUUUGGUUGA